CUUGGAUUCUGUUUCACAACACAGAGAGGCAGAGCAAGCUACAAAACAUUUCUAGCAUGUGGCGCGAAAUGUCCUCUUUAAUCUUUCACCUAACAGCUGUAGGCUUCUUAGAAAUAGCAUUUUGGGAGUUUUUCUUUGCAUAAAUAUUUCAUUCUAAUUGCUACAAGUGCACUAAAAUGACAACAAAACGCGUACUUGUUUUGAAAUUACAGAGAAUGACCCCUCCGGUUCUCGAUGGACCAGUCCGACGAUCUGCACGAAGAAAAGCCAUGGUUCCUAUACGCUUCAAGGACUCAUCGGAAUCAGUGAAUACACACAGCAAGAAAAGGAAAACAACUCCAGACAUAAAAAAUAAAAGCCAGAGGAACAGAGAGGACAUUAAAGAGGAUUGUACAUCUGAUGGAGAUGGAGGUCUUUCAGCAUAUGAACUGGAGCGCCUGGAGAACAUUAGACGGAACCAAGCCUUUCUGUCUUCCAUGAACAUACUCCAGGCAAUGGAGGAGUUGAAACAGUUUACGCAUCCAAAGCCAUCGCAGAGAGGUCUGAUGAGGUCACAUGCUGCUGUAAAAGAAGUCCUGCCAGCUCGGAAAUCCCUUCGUCUCCAAAACAUUGUGGCAGAGACCCUGACCCCUCCUCCUAAACCCAGUGGGAAGCUGAAAUAUACACCGUAUUUGUUGCCCAAGCAUCCUGCUGGCCCUCUGCCCAUGAAUCCAGUCAACAUGGAGCAGGGAAGCAAGCUGCCUUCACAACUUCUGGAGCUCUGCUCCGAGGAUUCGACAACAGAAAGAAAGAUGGACCUUAAGCUGAAUGAGUAUUGCUCUGCCCUUAAGAACAUGAGGAUAACUGAGGACACCGCGGCCAAAGUGGUGAAGGAUCGCAUCUUCUCUGCAGCCUUCCACCCCUGCGCCAGCAGCCUGCUGAUGGCAACCGGAGACAAGGGGGGACAUCUAGGACUCUGGAAGUUGGGGGGGGAUUGGGGGGAUGAUGGUGUGCUACUAUUCAGGCCCCACACUCGUCCUGUGAGCUGCUUGGCGUUCUCCAGAGCUCAGCCCACCCACCUGCUGAGCCUCAGCUACGACGGAUCUCUGCGCUGCAUGGAUGUCGAGAAGGCUGUCUUUGAUGAGGUGUUUAUUGAAGAUGACCUGAGAACAUUUGACUUCCUGUCACAUGACUGUUCGACACUAUUGGUUGGGAACUGGAAUGGAGAAGUCGCCAUUGUCGAUAGGCGCACCCCAGGAAACUCCCACGAGUCCCUCUACUCUUUGGACCUCAAGACUCUGCUUUGUGUUAGCGUACAUCCUUUACAGAAGCAGUACUUUGUUGUUGCAGAAAGCAGUGUGGUGAGUAUUUACGACAGCAGAUGCCUGAAGAAGAAUCGCAGUGAGGCAGUCUCCACGCUGCAGGGCCACUCUUUAAGCAUAUCCAGUGCUUAUUUCUCCCCUCGAACAGGAAACAGAGUUCUCACAACCUGUCUGGAUAACCACAUAAGAAUAUAUGACACAUCUGCAAUGACUGCCGAGUCUCCCUUGCUGACAUCCAUCAGACGCAACAUGCGCGACUUUAGCGUGUUGAGUAAACUCUCAGCAGUGUGGGACCCCAAACAAGAAGAUUGCUUUGUGGUGGGGAGCCUGUCCAAUACUCGGAGGGUGGAGGUUUUCCACGAAAGCGGCAGACUCCUGCACUACUUCAAAGAUUACGAGAACCUGAAGACGGUGCAGUCCGUCACCGCCUUCCACCCCACGAGGAACGCCUUACUGGGGGGCAACAGUGCAGGACGCCUGCACGUAUUCACAGACUGAGAUGAAAACCAGAAUAUGCGACCAAAAAACCUGUUUGCUUGCAGUUAGGUAGCAAGAGCAUGUAAGAAAUGUGUACGUCCAUCUAUACUCGUUCAGUAUAGAGGGAUAUCUCAGUGUUUGGAACGAGUUUAAUCCCCUCUGUAGAUCCAUACGUUUGUCCUAGUUCUCAGAGUAAAUGCAGUUGCAAAACACACCUAUGGUAUAGUCACAGGUUCAUGUUGUAUUAUGUUUUAACUUUGCACAUAAGUCAUCUUAAAUCAUCUAAUAAGUUUGCGAGACUGUUCAAACUCUGCUGCUGGCAGAUUGUGAGUGAGCGGCAGUGUCCUGAAGUCUGGACCGAAUUUAGUUUGGACUUCUAUUUAAUUUAGGUUUAGGAAUACCUGUUUACUUUGAGGUUAGUUAUUUUUUUUGUUAAUCAAUUAGAAAAAUCCUACAAUCAUACAUCGCAUCAUACAUUGCACUGUAGGUAGAAAAUUACACAUUUUAAAAUAUUUUUAUAAAAUAUUUUUAUAAUUUUCUGUUUGUAAAUGUACCUGCUGUAAAAUUGAUUGUGUCCUUUACAUAUUUUAUUUUCUCUUGUGGCUGCUGUAUCAAUAAAGAUUGAGAUUUUCUUUUUUUUACCAGA